UUGUGGACUAAACCAAAUUUUGGUUCAUUCAUGACACGGUGACAAAUAAGGAGAGUGUGAAAGAGAGAGAAUGUCUUUGGUGAACCAUGAAUUCGAUCCAACUAAUAAAAUUGAAACAAAAUGGAUUAACAAUAAAAUAACACAAGCUCUCGUCUUUUCCACUUCGCCGCCCACGUGAGCCUGUGGAAAUACUCCUCCGAGGAUAUUCGACGAUGCGUUCCGCAGCCGCCGGCGACGGGUCGCCGAGCACGAGGAGGAGGAGCAAAGAGAGAAGAGCGAGCAGAAUCCAGGUCCUCGACCACGACAUCCUCUGCAUGGUCUUUGCACUCCUCGACCUCUUCGACCUCGUACGCUGCUCCGCCGUCUGCAAAUCCUGGAAUACAAUCAUCAACAGAUCUAAGAUGUUGCAAAUGAUAUUUUGCGAGCAAAACCGGGGUUCUACAGCCCGUUUCAAUCUGUCUAAUUGUUCAGAAGAGUCAUUCAAAAUAUAUAUUGAGGAGCUGGCCAUGCAACAUCAUAAGUUGUCUCUUGAAGAAGGAGUCAUAAAUGUUGAUCAAUGGAAAGGUCAUUCCACUGGGGUUGAUCAGUGCCGGAUGAAGAUGGGCUUGAUUCUUACUGGUGUUGGUGAUCAGGUUAUGCGUCUUUGGUCAUUAGAAAGCUACAAAUGUUUGGAAGAAUAUUCCAUGCGAGAUAUGGCCCCUCUAGUUGAUUUUGAUUUUGACGAAAGCAAAAUUGUUAGUUUGGUUGGCACUAAUAUAUGCAUAUGGAGACGCAAUGGGAAACGAAGUGUGUUUCCCUCACGUGAAGGCACAUUUACAAAAGGUUUAUGUAUGCGCUAUUUAGAUCCUGAGGCUGUUGUUGGAUGUGAGGAUGGGACAGCUCGUGUGUUCGACAUGUACAGCAGGAAAUGUUCUCGAAUCAUAAGGAUGCAUGCUGGGCCCAUAACUUGCUUAUCUCUGAACGACGACCAAUUGAUUCUUAGUGGUUCUUCUCUUGGAAGUAUCACAAUUUCAGGUCUCUCAUCUGAUCAGCGAGUAGCUACCUUAAGGUCAACUAAUUCCACAGGCAUAAGGACCUUGUAUUUCAACCACAGUUCUCAUUUAGUGUUUUCUGGAUCAACUGCUGGAUAUGCUGCUUGUUGGGACCUUAGGACAAUGCGAAGUCUAUGGGAGAGACGAGUGAGUCCAAACAUCAUUUAUUCUAUGCAAACCCUCCAAAACGAUGUGGCAACAUUAGUUGUUGGGGGAAUUGAUGGCGUGCUGCGUAUUUUAGAUCAGAACACAGGUUCAGUACUUUCUAGUUGUGUCAUGGAGGAUAGAUUGUUACCAAGUUCUUCUAGGAACACACCAGUAUUACCAAGUUAUUCUAAAAGCACAGAUGGAAUCAUUGAGAGAAGGAAAGGAAGAAGGCUUUCAGAAGACACCUGCAUAAGUAGGGUUCCAAGGAGCACUAGACCUCCCAUCACAUGCUUAGCUGUUGGAAUGAAGAAGGUUGUCACCACACACAACGGCAAGCAUAUAAGAUUGUGGAAAUUCAACAAGCAGAGCUCAUAGGACAGCUUGAGUUUAGAACCAUCAAAAGGGGAAUCCUAGUUAGUGAUUAACCUUUUUCCUAUUUAACUGUACCCAAGUUUGGGUAAUUGAGCUAUCGAGCUUGGGUAUUUUGAAAUGUAAUGAUUAAAUAAUAGAAGUAUAAUUAAAUUUAAUGACAUAAUUAGGCUACCUUUUGUUUACGAAA